GACUGGAUUACAAUACAUAGAUGCAUUUGGAUGGUUUCCAGUUUGAAUUACUAGGCAUUCUAGUUACUCACCAACACUAAAAAAUGACAAUAUUAUAGGGUCUUUUCCAGAAAAAGAAAUAAUUAAAUUUACACUCACAUUUUAAGGAAUCACAACAUUAGAUUUGAUUAUACAGCAGCUUUACAGCUGAAAGAGGAAGUACUUUUUAGUCCUCCUAGAUACAGUAAUGUCACUGUGUGAGUCAAACUCUGAGUGGAUGAUGCAAAAGCCCUAACAGAGGAAGUAAUACCUGCUCUUUUCGCCUGUUCAACGCUUAAUCUAUCCAAGAUGGAGCUGUACAUAACCAUUCUCACCCUAACUAUUGUUCUUUCAACAAGUGCUGAAUUUGAACAUGAAGCAUUCCAAAUUACAACAUGCUCUGAUACAGAAGAAGAGUAUUACAUUGGAUAUGAUGAAGAGGAGUUGUGGCAUGCUGAUUUUAAAAAGAAGAGAGGAGUAGAGACAAUCCCUGAUUUUACAGAACAGACUACAUUUCCUGAAUUUUAUGAACUUGGUGUUGAUAACAUGGUAGGAUGUAAACAUGACUUACCAACUUUCACUGAUGCUUUUAAGAGCAUACCACAAGUAGCGGAUCUAGAUGCACCCCAGACAUCCAUCUAUCCCAAAAAUAUUGUACAGCUGGGCAUUCAGAACACCCUUGUCUGUCAUGUGACUGGCUUCUUUCCUCCAUUUGUCAGCAUCUCAUGGACUAAGAAUAAUGUUAAUGUAACAGAAGGCAUUCGUUUAAGCCAGUACCGUCCAAAGAAUGAUGGUACCUUCAACAUCUUCUCCACUCUUAAGUUCACACCUGUUGAAGGAGACAUUUACAGCUGCACAGUUAACCACGAAACCCUCCAGGGUCAACCUCAGACUAAAAUAUGGGAUGUUGAAGUUGCCAUGCCCAGUGUUGGUCCAGCAGUGUUCUGUGGAGUGGGUCUGACUCUUGGACUGUUGGGAGUAGCUAUGGGAACUUUUUUCAUUGUUAAAGGGAACAACUGCAACUGACUUGGAAUCAAACUUUUUUUAAAAGUGGUUAAUUUACUGUUUAUUUAUAUCUGCAUGUCUGAGACAUUGUUGACAUAAUACGUUGCUAUAGUUUGCAUUUUGCUGCAUUCUGACACCAUGAGCUUCACGCAUUCUAACCAUUUCUCCACAAUUUUUUUUUUUUUUUUGCAGUUAUUCUGCUUAUUGUACAUAUUAAGUACAAUGCUGUUUAUAUUAGUAGUCCCAUAUUCAUAACCACUUUUACUUUUGGGGGCACAUAAAGUUCACGUUUGAUUAAAUCAGCAUUUUAUUGCUUCUCAAAAACGCUGAUCAUAAGUGAGAUCAAUUUUGCUUUCUAUGUGACACCAAACAUGCAUAUAUUAAAGAUCUAAAUGUAUUUAAUUGAAUGGAAAAAAAUAUUAUAUAUAUAUAUAUAUAUAUAUAUAUCAGUGGGAAUUUCUUUAAGACUGCAAGGGAAGCUCGGCUUCCCCUAUAAUGUCAAAAAAAUAAUGGUCAAAUAUGUACUAUUGUGUUAAUAUUUUAUUGACUAAAAAUGCGUUAGAACACGUUCAUCUCGAAGACGAGUUCGUUCAGAAUCAGCUACAUAUAGCAGGUCUGACUCGAUUUCCUUCUCAUACAUUCCCGUAGCGUCAGUGUAUUUCUCUGUUGAAGCUGAGCGUCCAUUGACUUCAAUGGGGCUGCUUUGAACAGUUUUUUUCAGAGCUUCUAAACUAGACGGUCAUUGGAUAAAUGCUGCGAUUAUGUCCCGCCCCCGGACGCUCAGCGUCUCUGGGGGUGAAUGGAGGAGUGGGCUGGCCUGGACUCCGGGCUUCUGCGUGAUGAUUGGAGGGUCUGCAUCUCCUUUUGAUUGACAGCGAUUGUGUACAAUAAAAAGUCGCUGACACUGAAGCUAUUGGAGCUCAGUCCCAUCGCGGCUUUGCACUUGGUUCUUAUCAAUCAUUAUAUAUAUAUAUAUAUAUAUAUAUAUUUUUUUUUUUAUUCAUUUAUAAUGUUAUGUUUUAAUAUACAUGCUGCUAACUCGGAAAUUUCAAGAUAUGCGAGCAAAAAAUGCUCCUGACACUUAGGCAAUACGACACGAGCAAGAGUGCUGUUUUUGUUUCGUUUGUAUUAGAUCCAAAUCCGCGUUGAUUUGGGCGAAUCACUGAUUCACUGAGCCACUCAUAAAAACAGUCAUUUGAUUCGCUCCUGAAGGAUUCAGCCGUUUUGAAAGAAUCAUUUGAAUGACUCAGUGAUUCAAUCACGAACUUCCGCCACCUGCUGGCCGUUUUUAAGUUUCCCGUCUAAAUGUAGGCAUAUUACAUUAUUUUCCAACAUAUUUCUAUAUUCAGAAUUUAGUAUUUAAAACAUUAAUCUCAUAACAUUAUUUAUGGAAUUAUAAAUACAGUUUAAAUGAAUAAAUGCCACAUCUAAAUGUCACUUCAUGCAGCUUCUGUGCAGUGCUAAGAUGAGUUUUGUUUAGAUCAUUUCAUGGAUAACAAUAGCCAGUCAUUCAUUCACAUUAAUUAAGUAUUCAGAGAAUAAUAUUGUCUGUUUUCACUUACAUCUAUUUGUUUAUUAAAUUUUGAUUCAUUUUUGUAGAAUUGAAUUAUAAAUUAAGCUGGUAUAGUAUCGUAAGACAUUUUUAUGGUAUCGUGAUUAUACACCACAUUCCUUGUUUCAGUUUAACCUAAUUCCCACAUUUCCUCCGUCGAGUUUAAUAUCUUUUUUUUUUUAGAUUGUUUGUUCAUUCAUUCAUUCAUUCAUACAGCAGGCUAGCGUCACUGGAAAAGACGCCUAGUUGGUACGAAAGGGUCACAGAGCAUUUUCUUGAAAAGGAACAAAAGGGCAGAAUUUACGUAUAAAUAAAUGGUCAAUUUUUAUGAUGUAGGCCGAAAAUGAGCUUCCCCUCUUUGAAAGACCAGCAGCCGCCACUGAUAUACAGUAUAUACAUAUAUAUACUGCCGUGCAAAGGCAAAAGACCGUAACUUCGAUUUUUGUCGAAAAUGAGUUAUUGAUAUUUUUGGGACAUUGAAGACAUCCUUUAUCAUGUACAUUAGUAUCUUGAGUCAAUUUCGUUGUUUUUCCGAGAAAAUAAUGGGUCGUCUCAACCGUAACUUCAAAAAGCCCCGGAGAAACGAAGGCAGAACACCGUAUAUCACCAGUAACGGCUCUUUCGCUUUGUUUGGAACGCGCACAUUGAGUUACGGCGUUCUGCCUUUGUUUGACGGUGCGUCAAAAUGAAGUUACGGUGCCAGCUUGGAGUUAUACGGUGUUCUGCCUUUUUUACUGUCCAUUAAAGUCUGACGCAUUUAAAUUACGGUGUAGACAAACGAAUUUGAUCGCGAUCUACCAAACAAAGCAUAGCCUACUCCAUAAAGCACUGAAGACUAGACACCUUGGCAUCAAUACAUAAUCGUUAAUAACCUUUAAAGAAUGUUUUUUUUUUCGUUUUUGUAAUGCAGAUUAUUCACCAGGCUGUCACUUCUAUUUGGAUGCGUGUGUACUUGAAUGCCAUAGCAUGUAGCAUGAUCAAUCAUAAAAUCAGUAGCCUAACAGUUCGCAAUUAAAUCCAUAUCCUACCUUUUCUUGUAACCCGAUAAAAUCCAUCCAUGGCGCUGAACGUCGUCAGAGAUGUUUAAUCCACACGCAUUUCUGAGCAUGCCUGGUUGCUGGCAUUCACAUAAAUCCACAAGUCCUUCUUUUAGGUUAGGCUAUAAAUCAAUAUAAGCAAUUAUGCUAUAUGUCUAGCAUUCUUUUUUUCUGUUACUGAGCAUAGCAAAUAAAUUGGUUGCAAAAUGGUAUCCAUUCACAAUCACAUGUUUAACUUUUAGUCUGCUUGUUACGGUCAAAAAAAAAAAAAUAAUAAUAAUAAUAACAAAAAAAUUAAUACAGUCACAUAUGCAAUAGCCUAUAUGAGAUAGCCCAUGAUCACUAGAUUUUAUACAGGUGUUACUAUAACGAUUUUGUAAAUGGUGAUCAGCAACAAAAUAUUGAUAAUGUGGAAGUUACGGUCUUUUGCCUUGGUGUGACUUCUCACUUUUUGCAGACAAUGCAAAGGCAGAGUACUGUCACGAAUCCAGUCUGCACUUCCAUUCACCCUCCACCAGAGGUCACUCGCUCACCACAUGGACUUCACACCAUACAUAACACUGGACUUCAUUUCCCAUCAUCCAACACUGAUCACAGCUGUCACCAAUCACUCAUUGCACUAAUCACACGCACACCUGAUCCCACGCACACACUGAUCACACACCUUAUAUAACCCUGGACGUUGUUUCCCUCGUGGUGGAGUAUUGUAUGCGUUUACCGCUCCCCUAGCUGUAGCUACUCUACAGAGCCCUUGUCAGUAUCAUAGUCUUGGAUUACCUGUUCACCUGUGUUUGUUUCUAACCCGUGUUUCCUGGAUUAACCCUUUCUGUGCCAUUCCGUGUUUCUUUUUAGUUCCUGUAUUGUUCUGCGUUUUUCACUCCCCAAGUGUUAGCUGCGAUACGGAACUUUUGUUGUUUUCUAGUCUGUGUUCCUAGUGUUUACCCCUGUCUCCCUGUUCGGACCUUGAUUCUUUCCCUUGCCUGGAUUAUAGCUCGUGUACCUGGAUUAUCUCUCUGCCUUGCCCCAUUGGAUACUGUUCGCCGAUCGUCGACCCACGCUUGCCCUAGGUUUACUCUUUGUCUUGUCCCUGCCAUACCUGUUUGCCAUUGUUUCGACCCUGCCUGUAUUUAUGACCAUGCCUUUAAAUAAAAGCUUGCACAUGGAUCCGCACGUCUCACGUCUCGUCAGCCACGUUACAAGUACAUUAACUUCAAAAUAGGGGUAAAAAUCAAGUUUGAGCUUACAAUUUUUUUAUGUAGAUAAUUUUCAUUACUAAAACAUCUAAUUGCCAAAUUUACAGUGUCCUACCUAUAAUUAAUUUGGCUAGACAAGUAAAAAACUUUAAAGUCAUUUUUCU